UUCAACUUCACGUUGCGUGUAAUUUGACGGCCACCAACGAGCUGCUUCUCAGCAAAAACUUCGCUUAAUGCGAGACUAAAACCAAUUUACACCAUUUUCAGAGCCAUUAAGCGCCAUCGGCAUGAUUUAUUUCCCAUUCCUUACCGUUUUGUCGCUGUUUGCCUCAUACGAAGGAGGGAAGCCCCCAUUACAGACUACCUUUGCUCCAUUCCCGAGUGCUUUAACCCGACCAAACCGAACAAUGAUUAACAAUUUCCAAAGAGAAUGGCCAACUUUUCCCCAGGCUUAUCUCAGACUACCCGUGUUCGUCCACUCCAGGCUGCCACCCUUGGAAAAGCUGCACUUAUCCCCGGCCAAAGGCAGCGGCCUCGAGCCUUUACCUCAGCCUGUUCGAGAGCGCCUGCUCCCGGGGCGGCCUGGCUGGAGGCCGCCAGGCCCGUCCGCGGAUCGCUCCGUGAAGACGUCGUGCAAAAGGGACAAAAUGCUCGUCAGGGUCCCCAAAAGCAUCCUGGGUGAUGGGGAAAUUAAUUAUCAGCUCAAACUGGGUACAUGUCAAGCAAAAAAAUCCUCGAAGAAUUUUGUUUAUUUUCUCAAUGGACUACAACAAUGUGGUACCAAGCGACAGAUGAUAAAUGGACAGAUGACUUAUUCAAACACGCUGCAGUACAACCCAGGGAUACGCCAAGGGCCCAUAAGGAGAACGGCGCCCUUUGUGAUUACGGUUUCCUGUAAUUAUAGCAGGUAUCAUUAUUCCUACAAAGUCGGCUAUCUUCCAAAGAUGCGCAUGCGCCGCAUCUUCAAAGCAAUGCGAAACAGAGCCAAUUUCAUUCUGACCCCACGGAAUGCUCAGUGGGAAAGGCUUGCUCCGUUGGAUCAGUACAUUCUUGGUGAGCCCAUGUACUUUGAGGCCGAGGGUCCAUCCAUGCCCCAAGACAUGAGGCUCUAUGUCCACUCGUGUUAUGCCACACCCAAUAAGUCGCACACCUCCACACCUCAAUUUCCAGUCGUGAAGGACUUUGGGUGCAUGAUUGAAAGCAAAUACAGUCGCUCCAGAUUCAUCCCAUACAAACACAACGUUGUCCGAUUCUCUGUGGAUGCUUUCUACUUCCAAGGGAUGACGGACCAACUCUACAUGCACUGCACCAUGUCGGCAGAAAGCAACGUUCCCACUCCGACGGCAAAGUCCUGUAACUACGACACAAACUUGGGAAGAUGGGUGGAGCUACACGGCUGGGACUGGGUAUGUGCCUGCUGUGACUCCAGCUGUGGCUCUUCUGCUGCUUGUGAGAAACAUCAUCCC